AUGGCAGGCGACACACUAACACCAACAGCUAGCACUGUGGGAGCGAACACCGCCACAGCUAGACUGCAAGCAAGAAUUCAGGAGCUAGAAGCACAACUCGCUGCAAAACAGCCAAAGACACCAAAGCCUCAGAUAUUUGACGGAAAACGAUCUGAACUCAAGAACUUCCUGACCCAGAUGGACAUGCACAUUGCGAUCAAUGGAGCAUCGCUAAGCACGGAAGAAUCCAAGGUGAUCUUUGUGGCGACCUGUCUGACAAGAGAAGCUUUUCAGUGGAUUGAACCAACUGGGUCUGCUCAGCAGCUAGCGGUACGAUUCAAACAGAUUGCAAUGGUACUAGACUACGACGAUGAAGUACUCAUUGGCAUGUUUGAAAACAUGUUGAAAGAAGAAGUUCAAAUGGAACUUAUCAAGAUGGAUCGACCUGACGACAUAGACGAAUUCAUAGAACAAGCAGUCAAGAUCGACAACAAAUUCUAUGAAAUGAAACAGAAAAGACGAGAAAUGCAAGGAUGGCGGAAGCAUGGGACUAUGCCUACACCACGAAACCAUCAUCGAACAAACCAGAAUCAACGCAAAUACGAUCCUUAUGAACCAAUGCCAAUGGAGUUGGACGCCACGGCUGAGCAAAAGAAGUUUAGCAAGAAGCUAGGAGACAAAAGCAAUGUUGAAUGUUACAACUGCUAUAAAAAAGGGCACUAUGCAAGAGAAUGCAAAAGUCCAAAACAAGAAAGACAGCUAAAGGCUACUAGAUUUAACGAAGAAGACCAGGAGAACUAUGCUGAAUGGGAUUAA